UAUUUGCGUUUUUACGCGCGAAAUGUUUUCUUCAAGUUUUCAGUCGAAAAAACGUUUUGAAAAAUUUGAAGUUUGUUUUUGUUAUUUUAGAUAUACUCUUUUCAAUGUCCGGUGUAAAAAAUUUAAAUUUAGCACCUCGAUUAUGUGAAAACCUGGAAGGAGCUGGCUUGGUGUCUGCCCAUUCCUUGGUGGUUUUGUCGGAGCCAGAAUUGCGCAAAGUUGCCAACUUGUCUCAAGAAGAAUGUGAAACUGUGUAUGUUAAAGCAUCGGAAGCAAUUUUGACUCCAGGUUUUAUAACAAGCCUGGACGCGGCGCGAGUGCUGACCGGCAGGUGGCAGCACCUGUCGGUGGGCUGCCCGCGGCUGGACCGGUUCCUGGGGGGCGGGGUGGCGACGCGGGGCGUCACGGAGCUGGCGGGCGAGAGCGGCAGCGGCAAGACCCAGCUGUGCCUGCAGAUGUGCCUCUCCGUGCAGCGUCCCAGAGAGGCGGGCGGCCUCGCGGCAGGCGGGUCUGAAGAAGUGCCUGCUAGUGCAGCUGCCCCAGCUCAUGGCCAGGCACCGAGUGGGGCUGGUCGUCGUCGACUCCAUCGCGGGGGUCUUCCGUGCAGACUUCGACCUGCAGGACGUGGUGAACCGCGCGAGGGAACUGCGAGCGGUGGGCGGGCAGCUGCACCACCUGGCGGAGAGCUCCCACGUGGCGGUGAUGUGCGUGAAUCAGGUGAGCACCGUGGUGAGCUGCAACCAGACGGUGGCCUCUCUGGGCCUGGCGUGGGCGAACAUGGUCACCACCCGGCUGCAGACGUCCCGCACCGGGGCGCACGUCACCCGAGACGGCUGCUCGCUGGCGGUGCGGUCGCUACAGGUGGUCUUCUCCCCCGGCCUGCCGCAGGGCUCGUGCGACUUCGUGGUCACCGCGGCCGGCGUCACAGCUGUGUGACGGGCUCCCUGCCGUGCGAAACAAGACUGCAACCCCGUUGCGAGAUCUCAGGACAUGACGAGUCGAUAAACCACCGGUGUAAAAAACUAUAAAGUUCAGUUUUUGGAAAUGUCUUGAAAGUUGUACAGAUUAAUACACUAGGCACACACACACACACAGCAUACACAGCAGGAAAAAAAUUUGAAUUAGUAUCUUUUAUGGCCUUACACAAAUGUUGUUUCUGUAACUCUUUUUUUUUUUUUUUUUUUUUUUUUUUUUUUUUUUUUUUUUUUUUUUUUUAUAAAAAGAAUGAUAUUGUGAUUUUUAACUUGAUUGGGCUGAACAGAACUUAGCACUGUUUUGAAGUGUUUCCGUAAAGUAUUUUUUAUUAUUUUUGUACUGUAAUAAACUGUUAAUAGUGAGAUUGUGUUUUUAUUUCACUACUAAUUUGUUGACUGGAUAAUACCAUCGUGCAACUUAAGUAAUAUCAAAAGUUAAGACGAUCUAAGUUGUUUGUAGUUGUGAGGGUAGUAUUGGAUUUUGGGUUGAAUCCAUGUCA